AUGCGGCUCGUGGAUGACCCACUCGUGCCCGUCCGAUUGGACCUCGAGAUCGGAGAUCAACGGCUGCAGGACGCCUUCUGCUGGAACAGCAACGAGCCUGAUGGGGAGAUAGCGGCCUUUGCAGAGGGGAUGGUGAGGGACACGAAGCUUCCCCCCUAUUUCCUGCCGCACAUCACACAGGCCAUUCAGGCUCAGGUGGCCGAAUUCCGGUCCCUGCACGCCCAGGACCUGGCAGCAGUGCUGGGAGGGAGUGAGGAGAACGUGCAUCUGGUGAAGCUGGAUGUGUGCACAGCCACGUGCAUAAUCCGAGACCAGUUUUUGUGGGAUCUGAACAACCCAUACGCGGAUCCCGAGGCCUAUGCUGCUGGCCUGUGCUCUGAUCUUGGGAUUACCGAUGCCGACCCACAAGCACAGGUCUGGGUUGCAGUGACUCUGCGAGAGCAAUUGCUAGAGCUCGCCCGCCAGAUGCUCGCCUCCAAGGAGCCCCGCUCCUCCAAGCAUUCAACUAAGCCACGCCCUCUGGCCCGGCAGAUGCUCGCCUCCAAGGAGCCGCGCUCCUCCAAGCGGCCGAGGAGGGAGCGCGGGGGGAACGCCGACCCAAAGGCCACAGCAGCAGCUGCCGCUCCCAACCCACCCGUGGGCACCACCACUCUCGCCUUCAUGCGCAGAGCAGAUGGGCGCAUCAGCGUGAGAAGGCCUCGCAAGGACUGGCCUGCCUUUGAACCCCACGUGGAGCUCCUUCAGACCCCCACUGCUGGUAACCCUGCUGGUGCCUCUGUUGCCCGGCAGGUGGAUGAGGACGCUGGUGCUGAUGUGGCAGGCGGUGCUGGCUUUUCCGCUGACGUGGAUCUUGACGCAGAUGAUGAUGGGGGGGCUGGCGAUGAUGCGGGCAAUUAUGACGGUGCAGGUGCUGACGUGGCGGAUAGGGAUGUUGGAGAUGAGGACAAAUAUCUUGGUGAUGAGUCGGAUGAUUUGGGGGGUGUAGGAGAGGAUGAAGUCCGCGGUAACACAACGGGCAGGACAUACGCGGCACGGUGGAGUGCGGAGGAAGACAAGAUACUUCUCGAGCAUGUGCUGUACAAUGGCACGUCGCAAUGGGCGUUGCUUCAACAGAGCAAUACGCUGGGACGUCAUCGAGACAGCAAGGCUUGCUGUAAUCGGUUCUUGCUCCUGAAGAGAAAAUUCAUACAAGACGCCAACAAAGCAGACUCUAUCAGCAGCACUCCCGGCUCAGGCACCGUCCCCAGCAUCAUGAGCGGCUGCGGCCUGGGCGGCGGCAUUGACUCGGACGACCCGUUUGACUCGGAGGAGUCAAUGAUGGACUUCCCCGUGCCGCCCAUGCCCGUGCACGAGAUCAUGCGCUGCCUGCACUCCUCCGCUGCUGAAAUGGCCGCCGAAGACGGCACUUCCGAUGCCGGCGAGAAAGGCCCCUCUGACGGCGGCGCUGGUAACCCUACCGCAUUCGGUAACGCUGCUACUUCCGGUAACCCUGCCUCCGCUGCCCAAGCCGCUGCCGCUGCGAAGGACGAUCAACACGAGGCGGCAUCAGCAGGGAAAGUGGAGGGCAAUUUCCCGCUGAGCAGAACUGCUUCUUCCACCAGCGGCGCAUGUCUCCGGAGCUACGCGCCUGCUGGAGCAGGGACGGGGGCAGCACGGGAGACUUACAGCACUCCCCUGCAGGCGGCUACCUGCGCCUCUCCUCGGGGCUCCACCCCUGCUGGUGCUGCAGGGCUGGCUUCAGCAGCCUCGUCCACUGAUUCGUCGCCGCCUGCAGCGGGCGCUAUGGCAAGGUCGGGGCAGGUGGCAGAGUCAUCGAGUGAUCGGGCGGACAGCAGGAAGUGUCUGGACGAGCAUAACAAGGCCAUCAGUUGGUGCAUGCUCGUGUUUGCCCAUGCCAAGCGCCGCAGCCGCAGCGCAGCAGCAGCAGCAGCAGCAGCAGCAGCAGCAGCAGCAGCAGCAGCAGCAGCAGCAGCAGCAGCAGCAGCAGCAGCAGCAGCAGCAGCAGCAGCAGCAGCAGCAGCAGCAGCAGCAGCAGCAGCAGCAGCAGCAGCAGCAGCAGCAGCAGCAGCAGCAGCAGCAGCAGCAGCAGCAGCAGCAGCAACAGCAACAGCAGCAGCAGCCACAGCAGCAGCAGCAGCAAUAUCAGCAUCAGUCGCCACCGCUGCAGCAGGUGCAGCCACAGGGCGUACCCCACGUGGAACAACCAGUGACAUCCCAGCUGCAACAGACGCCACCACAUCAGGUGCUGCUGAAGAUGCCACAGCCUGCCCCUGUCCGCACGCAGCAAGGCGGCCCGGGCUACACCAAGAAGCACUCGGCUGGAAGGUGCCAAACCUGCACGAGGGCUGGGAGGAAGCUUCUGGGUCGCCUCUGGAGCGGCUGGCACAGAGCCAAGAGGAGGGGGGCUGGCAGCAACAGGCAGAGUCGCAGCAGCAAGCUCAGAUGGAGACACAGCGGGAGGCACACCAGCAGCCACAGAAGCAGGCAGAGAAGCAGGCAGGGGACCAGGCGCAUGGCCACGAUUCAGUUUUGGUUGACCCGUCCGCCGGCUUCCCUGUAAACCCUUUCACUUCCCCUCCUCCCAUUCCUGAGGGAGCAACCUUUCCUGUGUCAUCAGUCUCUGACCUCAAGCCCUGCAGCCGAGCGCUCAUCUCUGCUGCUAUCCAUCAUGACAUGUUUAAGACGAGCAAUCAGCUUGCUGGGUCUGGUGGGAGCAGCGUGGCGGAGAGCGAGUGGAGCAUGCAUGAAGAGGUGGGGAAAGAGGGGUUGCUGGAGGAGAUUGGACUCAGUAAGGCGCAACUCAGUAAGGCGCAUAGUGUGGAUGGGAGUGAGAGCAGCAGCUGCUUCAUGCAUUUCGAUGAUUUUCUGGGCACAAGCCCGGGCAGGGAUGCAUGCAGUGGCAGGCCGGAGCAGGGGUGCAAAGACGGGCUUCAGGGCGUUUCUCAUUGGUGGGAUGACCUCUUUCCAGAACUCUUGUAG